AAGCCCUAAGUGUCGGUUUUCUCUCCGCAGUCUCACCGCAAGUUCUCGGCCCCGAGGCACGGCUCCCUGGGCUUCCUGCCCCGCAAACGCAGCAGCAGGCACAGGGGCAAGGUCAAGAGCUUUCCCAAAGAUGACCCCAGCAAGCCUGUUCAUCUCACUGCCUUCCUGGGGUACAAAGCUGGCAUGACCCACAUUGUCCGGGAGGUGGACAGACCUGGAUCUAAGGUGAACAAGAAGGAGGUGGUGGAGGCAGUCACUAUUAUAGAGACUCCUCCCAUGGUCAUUGUGGGCAUCGUGGGAUACGUGCAGACUCCUCGUGGCCUCCGUAGCUUCAAGACCGUCUUUGCCGAGCACAUCAGCGAUGAGUGCAAGCGCCGCUUCUACAAGAACUGGCACAAGUCCAAGAAGAAGGCCUUCACCAAAUACUGCAAGAAAUGGCAAGAUGAGGAGGGCAAAAAGCAGCUGGAAAAAGAUUUCAAUAGCAUGAAGAAGUACUGCCAGGUUAUUAGAGUCAUGGCUUGUGCUCACAGGAUAUUUGAGGAGCCUUGUGGAAUUUGGCUGAUGGCUGUGGGUUUACAGAACUCUGUGCUUCUGUGUGUGGCUUAUAACUUCCAGAUGCGCUUGCUCCCCCUGAGACAGAAGAAGUCUCACCUGAUGGAGAUCCAGGUGAAUGGUGGCACUGUUGCUGAGAAAGUGGAUUGGGCCCGGGAGAAGCUGGAACAGCAAGUGCCUGUGUCAACAGUCUUUGGCCAGGAUGAGAUGAUAGAUGUCAUUGGAGUCACCAAGGGCAAGGGGUAUAAAGGUGUCACCAGCCGCUGGCACACCAAGAAGCUGCCGCGCAAGACUCACCGGGGCUUGCGCAAGGUGGCCUGCAUUGGUGCCUGGCAUCCUGCCCGCGUGGCCUUCUCCGUGGCCCGGGCGGGCCAGAAGGGCUACCACCACCGCACUGAGAUCAACAAGAAGAUUUACAAGAUUGGCCAAGGUUACCAAAUCAAGGAUGGAAAGCUGAUCAAAAACAAUGCAUCAACUGAUUAUGACUUGUCUGACAAGAGCAUUAAUCCUCUGGGAGGCUUUGUCCACUACGGUGAGGUGACCAAUGACUUCAUCAUGGUGAAGGGCUGUGUUGUGGGGACCAAGAAGAGGGUCCUGACCCUGCGCAAGUCCCUGCUUGUGCAGACCAAGCGCCGGGCCCUGGAGAAGAUUGACUUGAAGUUCAUUGACACAACCUCCAAAUUUGGCCAUGGCCGCUUCCAGACAGCUGAGGAGAAGAAGGCUUUCAUGGGACCACUCAAGAAGGAUCGCAUCGCAAAGGAGGAGGCAGCCUAACAGAUGGAAUGGUCCUGUGCCCUGUGUGCUCUCAGACCAAAAAAUAAAGAUUUUAAAGAAAUUAA